AUGUGCCAAAACAUUAAAAGAAGUAGAGCGAAAUUAUCUCCAAAAGUAAUCAAUGACUAUUUUGAUGAGUUCAAGGACACUGUUACAGAUGUUCCUCCCGAUAUGAUAAUCAAUUAUGAUGAGACUGCGUUGUCCGAUGACCCAGGCCGUCGCGAACUAAUUUUUAAAAGGGGUUGUAAAUACCCUGAGCGAGUUAUGAACGAAAGUAAGAGCAAUGUGUCUGUGAUGUUUGCUGCCACUGCUUCUGGCAAAAUGCUGGCUCCUUACAUAAUUUAUAAAGCCACUAACUUGUACGAUUUAUGGUGCCAAGGUGGACCUCCAGGAUGCUUUUACAACCGCAACAAGUCAGGUUGGAUUGACGGAAACACAUUUUUAGAUUGGUUUCAGAGAGUUGUCAUCCCGUACUGUCGCAGAUCAAAUGGGAAAAAAGUUGUAAUAGGUGACAACCGGUUGUCACCGAUUGUUAUUCGGCUAAGUGAACAAAACAACAUCCAGUUUGUUUUUCUGCCGGCUAAUUCAACCCAUUUGACGCAGCCCCUGAAUAUAGCACUGUUCGGUCCCAUGAAAAAAUGCUGGCGUAAUGUUAUGGAAGAAGCAAAAUUUCAUGAAAGGAAUAGCAAUGCCUUUGAUAAGAGAUAUUUUCCAUCUCAUGUGAGGAAAGCCCUACAAAAACUAGAGCCUAACUUACAGAAAGACAUCAUUGCAGGUUUUGACAAGGCAGGAAUUCUUCCUCUUAACCGAAAACGUGUGUUGGACCGGCUGCCCCCUGAGCUGUGUGAGGAUGAAGAUGUUGAUGGCAGUCAGGCUAACAGCAGCACUAGUGUAAAUGACAGUUUAACAACUUUCUUGAAAGAGAUGCGUUAUGGUGAUGGGAGUGAAAAACAAGCAGUAGGCCGAAAAAAGAAACUGAACAUUCCGGCUGGCCGCAGCGUCACUCUUGCAGAUUUUGAUGACCCUGACGAGGAAGAAACAGAAAAUGAAAGAUCUGAAAACGAAGAUGUACCAGACAAUCAAUAA